AUGACGUCCACGUCCCCCACCGACUAUACCCACAUGCCCAAGCACCAGCGACCAACAGAGCGUCAGCCGCUUUUAGGGCCGCGCACAGCGGCCGCACUGUCCCCGAGCACCGGUCAGUCGUCUGCGACGCUGUGGCACGGCACGUUCCCUGUCAAUGGGACCGCCGAAGACGGACCCCGUCAUCGGCGCCAGUGCACCGACACGCUGUUUGUCGGAGCGCUGGCGCUGUACUGGAUGGGAAUGAUCGCUGUUGCAAUCACUGCGCUCUCGUACGAGAGCAGCGCUUCGUUCGCCCAGGAGAUCGAAAGCGGAGUGGACUUUCAGGGCCGCUCGUGUGGCCCGCAUCGGUUCGUGUACUUCCCCGACUUUGAGGCGAAUCCCGACUUUGGCGUCUGUGUGACGGUCUGUCCCCGCGCGGCAGGAGACCUCCUGACGGUCGACUUACCGCUACUUGGAGCAAACUCAGCAGGUGGCCGGCAGCCGGAGACACUGCUGCAUUCGGUCCACUUUACGUCCUACGCGUCCCAUCCACGAGCCUAUGUGUGUGCCCCCGCAGGAGUGGAUCUCCAUCAAGUGACGAUCUUGCAGUUGCAAGACACUGUUGGUCGCUUUGUGGGAGCUCUUGCAAGUUGUUGGCAGGUGCUGAUCAUUGCGACAGGCAUUGCGCUGUCAACAGCGGGGCUGUAUCUAGUGAUGCUGCGAUACUGCGGCUGCAUCAGCGUCUUGUUCUCGACCGUAGCGAUUGAAUCGACGUUGGUCUUCAGCAGCUAUCGGCUGCUUCGUGCGGCAGCCGACCCGGUGUUGUACGAGGACGACCCAGUCAUGCUGAGCUCUCUCCAGAUCAGUUCGGUUGUCAUGUGCUGUGCUGCAAUUCUCUUUCUACUGUUUGCAAUGGUGAAUAUGCCUCGACUGCUGCUUGCAGGCGCGUUCAUCACGCAUGCGUCGCGUGCAUUGUCCCAGCUCAAGCGCCUCCUUAUGCUGCCGUUCAUCACGUACGUGCUGUUGUUGCUGCUGUUCGGGUGGGGCAUCUUCGUCACAGUCUGCAUUUUCGGAGCUGGAGAGACGUCGACGCGCAUCGCAACUGUCGCCGCUACCUCUCCAGCCUACAUUCGUGUUGCCACCGAGUCGUUUCAAGUGAGCACAAAGCUUCGAUGGCUCUUCAUCUACCAUCUCUGCGGAAUGUACUGGUCGGUGAACUUUGUUUUGUCGACGAGCGAGAUGAUCACUGCCACAGCCAUCUCGCUCUGGUACUUUUCACCGGAGAAUCGGAUCACUGGACGGAAAGACUUCAAGAUUGCCGAUCCCGUGUCGUACGCAGUGCACACGACUGUCAAGUACCAUCUCGGAACGUUGGCCUUGAGCUCGUGUUCGGUCGCGCCUGUAGAGCACAUCCGAUCGUUUCUCUUGUACCUCGAACACAAGAAUGAGUUUGAGGCCAACACUGUCACGAAAGUCAUGGCCAGGAGUUGCUGUUGCUGCAUUUGGUGCUUCAAGUACUGCCUCCGGUAUAUCUGCAAGGAGGCUGUAUACGUCACUGCAAUCCAAGGCACUAACUUCCGCACGUCUGGAAAGUUGGCCUGCACGCUGAUAUCCUCCAACUUGCUCCGGGUUGGAGCGCUUAGUCAGAUCGGGUAUGCGUCGGUGCUUCUGGGCAAACUGAUCGUUUGCACCAUUACAAGCCUCAUCUCGUGGUUUCUUCUAGACGAUGCUUCUUCCCCCGUGCUGCCGCUCGUUGUCAUUGUCCUUUUCUCCUACGGCGCAGCUCAUGCCUUCAUGACGAUCUACGAGACGUCCAUCAAUAUGCUGCUCAUGUGCUUCAUCCUCGACGAGAACUUGCACGGCGGUCGGAGCAACUCGGUACACGCGCCAGCCCCUUUGAUCCAGUCCGUGAACGACCAUUUGCGACCAAAGUGGCAGACGGUCAUGUAG